UCUUGAUCUUGAUCAUCACUUCCACAUACAAACUGAAUGCUCAAGCAGAAGAUCAGGAGACAAUGAGGAGCCAAGAAUCUCAACCAUCGGGUGAGUCUAGAAUCAUCCGCCAAGGAAAGCGGCGCAUUGGCAAGUUGCUAGGGUUACAAGGAUACAGCACGCUAGAUGAAGACGGCAUUCAAGUGAUUGAUGAGAAUCGGUUGUACGACGCCAUGGCCUCCUUUUUGGCUUCCAAACACUUCAACGAGCGCCGUGGGGACAUCCUCCCAAGGUUGCCCAAACUGCUGGAUGGCUGUGACUUUUAUUGGGGCUAUGAAUACCGAGAUGGACAACAACAAGGACUGGAAGCCACGCGACAACUUCUGCAAGCCAUUGAUACGGCCUACUACUAUCACAAUCCCAGGCAAACAGGACACCACCAGAGUAAUAAUGCACAUCCGCUCGUCCGGCUUGACUCCACCCGGAGUGUCCAACAAGCAGCUCGGUACCUGGAGCCAUUUGCUAUCUACGGAGCCUUUUGGUCACGUGUCUCCAAAAUUGUCACGGCUGUCUCUUCAGCUCUGGAAAUACCCUACAUUUCGGGUGUUUCCACAUCACCCGAGCUGAUUGGAACUCCCCUGUUUGCUCGGACCGGUCUGAGCAGUGAUGGAGAUGCCCGAGCCGCCAUGCUAUACUACCGGGAACUAGGGAUUCGACAUGUGGCUGUUCUCUACAUCAAUGACUCUUGGGGAAUCCACUUUCACAAGGCACUCGACAACUAUGCCAAUCAAUGGGGCAUCAUCUUGGAAGGAUUCCCGUACGAUCCCAACCAAGAAUCCAUCGAGAGAAGUUUGAUCAAGAUUCGUGACAUUGAAUUUCGCCACGUCUUUGCCGUCAUGCACAACUGGAGAGAAGUCUUGCCCGUUGCAUAUGAUCAGGGUGUGGUGGGAAAUCCAGACUAUGCCUGGAUGACAGCGGAAACCUCGGCAUUGGCCAGUCGGAGCUUUCAACUCAACCGGCGCGAUCCAGAGGAGGCUAAGUUGGCCAAGGCACUGCAUGGAAUUGGGACACUCAAUGCCUACUUUACACCCAAUCUAGCCUUUGAACAAGCCAUGGGGGAAUUCGCCAACAACAAAACAUUGCAAGACGAAUUCAUUGCCAUUCAAGAGGACCCUACCAUCUUUGAGAACUACACGUUCCCAGAAUAUGUAUCUACAGGGACAGCGACCUCCAUCUUUGAUGCCGUCUUGGCAUUGGGGAUCACUGCAUGCAAUGCAUCCAACAACCUUCCUGACCUGUUUACUGGAACUCAAUUCUAUGAGGCACUCAAGACCACCUCGUUUCGUGGAGUCUCAGGCCGGGUCACAUUUGACCCAAUGACAGGUGUUCGAGUUGUGAUUGGCGAAGAUGUUCGAUACAGCGUUCAAUACGUGGCUCUCAGUGAGGAACGGUCCACUUCCGAGAUGCUGAGAUUUGAGUCCAACAUUGCCACUAUUGUGCAGGGAGACAACAAUGUAACCAAUACCAUGCAUCCAUUCAUCUACAAUGACAACACUUCCAACGUUCCGCUUCCUCUCCCACCCAUUGAAGGCAUGGAAUUGAAUCUGCUGCCCGUGGGUGUCCAAGCAUUUGGCUACUUGGUUGCUGGGAUGGAGCUUCUAUUCUCCUUGCUUUGCUUUCUCUGGACCGCUUUGAACCGGAAUGUCUUUGUGCUCAAAGCAAGCCAACCCUUCUUUUUGUGUCAGCUAUGUGUAGGACUGGCCAUCACUUCACUCAGUAUCUUCACAUGGAGUCUUCCUCUGACCAGCACCGUGCAGACUACUGUGAAAACGAAUGUCAAUGGUCACAUCACAGCAUUGGCCUUUAAUAGCAGCGAUGACACCGCAGGGCUUGACACGGCCUGUAUGUCAACGUUUUGGUUGGUCUUUGUGGGUUUUUCUAUUGUAUUUUCAGCACUAGCAUCCAAAACCUGGAGGCUCCACCAGCUCUUGCAGACAGGAAGCUCCCUGCGCCGAUCCAGGAUUACGGUCUUUGACUGCAUGUGGCCUCUGUACGUGAGUUUGUCCAUCAACGUUACGCUCCUCUUGUGCAUCACCCUGAUUUCCCCGCUUCAGUACGAACGCGUCAAGAUGAGCAAUUUUGAUGCGUAUGGGCGGUCCUUGGAGUCCUUUGGCGCUUGCCAACCUGCCAAUGGCGGCAUGUUUUACCUUCUCUCAGGCACAUUGGUGAGCCUCAACGUUUUGGGGGUGGCCCUGGUGACCUGGAUUACCUACAAGCUUCGGCAUGCUCCCGUGGACUUUAGCGAUGCCUAUAACCUUGCAUUGACCAUGAUGAGUCUCCUGGAAACUCUCAGUUUGGGUGGUCCCCUCCUGGUUGUUGUAGAGGAUGAUCCUGCUGCAUUUUACAUGGUUGGGAGUUCUUUGAUUGGCAUUGGCUGCAUGACGAUAUUGGUGCUGGUGUUUGUCCCUAAAUUCAUGGGCCGGAAACGGCAUCAUCGAGUGCAGUCCGUUGUGAAUGCUUUGCAUCCUCGGAAUGUCAGCGGCAAAAGACACGGUGGCAGUCCGUUGCCCUCUUCAGCGUCGUCAGUAUCAGGGGAUCCCGUUGCGGCGGGAAGAAUGCCUGUCUUUCGACAAAAGAAAGCUAUCAGGUAGCUAGCUCUAGCUACAGAGGAGCCGUAGCAAUUGACCUAUAGAAUCAGCUACUAGCUAGGA